UUAGUCAAAAUCAACGUCUUUAAAACUUUAUCUAGGCCAUCUAGGCAUAGGAGUUAGCAGUGAUAGCACACUUGAUAUUGACGCUGUGUUAUGAACUUUGGUCUUGGUUAGGUACCUACUCGUUUUGAAACCACAUUUAUCAAAAACACAAUGCUUCGACGCCUAUAUCACUGUUCCUGCGUUCAAUAUAGCAGCAAGAAGCAGGGCUUGAAACUUGCGAAAAUGCUAAAUCCAAAGCAUAAAAAACAAUUUUAUCCAGUGCAUUCUAUUGAAUCAAAUGCUAUGCCUAGCAUAAAAAGCCUGACCAAGACAGAGAAAGAACCUGGCAAGCGCGGCAUCAGAAGAAUGGCUAUGUUGAAUAAGCUUUUUAUGAAAAAUGUAACGGACAUAAUGUCGACGGGCACUGUCUCUGUGAAUAUUGUAGGAAGAGGCAUUGAAAUAUCAAAGGUCAAAGUAACUCCGGAUUUCAAAAACGUAAAUGUAUUCUGGGUUUGCAAGGGAGAUUCUACUGACGAGGAGACCCAAAUACUGCUGAAUUCUAUUGCUGGUCCCCUUAGGCAUGAACUGUCCACCUUACGGUUGAUGGGCCAAGUGCCAUAUAUUUCAUUUCUGAAAGAUAAACAAGAAGCACUCCUUGUUGACAUUGAUCGUCGGUUGAUGGAGGCGGACUACGGAGAAGACUACACACCGACAGAACUGGGGCACUUGUUGAAGGCAGAUUUUGUUUUGAACACAAAACUAUCACCUGAAGUGAAGGCUAAAAUCAAGCAACUGGAAGACCAAGAACCGAUAGAAGAAAAACCUAUACCCGAAAUUACUCACAAUGUCUACGGUUUGGAGCAUGAAAAGAUCAUGAACAGACUUCUAGCGGCUAGGAAGAAGACCAAGGAUGCUUGGACUAAUUUGACAGCUGCUGAUUCUAAUGUGAUAUCCUACACCAGGACUCUGGACAGUAAGAAGCAGGAUAUAGAUACAGGGAAGCAGAAGAGAGAACUAGCAGAGUUUUUAUUGAAAAGACAGAUCGAGCAAAAAAAAUUGGCGAAAGCGUCGCGCGAUCGUCUCACCACAGUACAGGCGAUAUACCAAGACGAAAAAGACGCAGAAGAAGACAUAAUAUACGAAGACGAUUACGAAGAAGAAGAUAUACCCUUCUACGAACACGAUAUGAGAAACGAAAAGAUUUAGAAAAAUAG